AAUAUGAAUGCAUAUCACUACAGUAGUCAGACCAACAGCUUUUGAUCUUCAAACAGUAUAAUUUCAUAUCAUAUAAAACAAGAAUGGGAAAAGUGUGACAUGCCAGCAUAAAUGAGUAGAGAAAAUGAUGAAUCAUUGUGGAUGAAAAUUGCACAAUUGGGAGUGGCCAUGGCUUUAAAUUUCAGCACUCCACCGGACACCACACCAAACUUCCCAACCAGUCUUUAGCACCACGUCCAAACAGAGAAGGCUUUACCGUCUUCACCAUGGCCUCACUCAGCGAAGCAAAUGCUGAAUUCUGCCUUGACUUUUUCAAAGAAGUGAAGAAAACAGAAGAAAAUGAAAACAUCUUCUUCUCCCCUCUGAGCAUCUCUUCAGCCAUGGCCAUGGUCCUCCUGGGUGCUAGAGGCAACACGGCCAAACAGAUGGAAAAGGUGCUUCAUUUUGAUGCAGUUUCGAGUUCUUCUGGAGGAAGGACAAACCAUGGUAGCUCUGAGUGUGAAGAAACUGGAGAAGUUCAUUCUCAGUUCCAGGCACUCUUAUCAGCAAUCAACAAGCCCAGCACCAAUUUUUCUCUAAGCAUUGCUAACAGGCUGUACGGAGCAAAGGGUUUUCACUUCCUUGAGGUAAGCUGCAAUGGUGUCCAUGCUAGUAAUGAAUUUAGCACAAUUACUGUCUACCUGGAACAUAAUGGAAUGUGUCCAAGAUGGCAUG